CUCGUUGUCGCGCAUCUUGCUCACUUUGUGUUUGCCAGGACCGAUUGUGAUGGGCACAACGCUCAUCUUCGCCGCAUUCCCAGUGUUGAUGAUCAGGCACUCCUCCGCGGCAGAUGCUUUGAGCACCUGACCAGCGGCCAAGAGGCACACCUAGCGCCAAUCGCGCUCUUCCAGUUCCCUCACCCACUGUACUGCUCUGUCUGCGACACGCUCUUCACCACGCGCCAUGAGACUUGUUCGGCGGUCACUUUCUUUUUUUGUCCGCCAAAACAGCCACCAGGACAGCCGCAGGCCCUGAAUAAGCACAGGCAAAUCCGCACAACGCCCGCUCCAGGACGAUCAAUAGAUACCCCUCGACUACAUCAACCUCACCCGCGAACGCAAAGGCGGCAACAUGGCGAACAGUCUCGAGGCUAAGAUCGUAGUGCUCGGCAGCCAGGGCGUAGGGAAGACUUCCUUCGUCCACCGCUAUGUCAAGAACGCAUUUGCACCACCUUCGACACAGUCUACGAUCGGCGCAUCUUUCUUGACAAAGCGGGUCAUCGACGUCGACACCUCUACAGUCGUUCGGCUACAGAUCUGGGACACGGCGGGGCAGGAACGAUUUCGAUCUAUCUCCAAACUAUACUACAGAGGAGCAAAUGCGGCGCUGCUAUGCUAUGACAUCACAGAUCCACAAUCGUUCGAAGAGAUGGGACGAUGGCUCAAGGAACUCAAAACGAAUCUCGGGGACGAUAUUAUUCUACACGUUGUAGGGACCAAGUCCGAUGUGGUCGCCGAAGACCCCUCUCAGCGCAAGGUCCCUUUCGAGCGGUGCAUAGCAUACAUCGCCGAGCAGCUAUAUCCUGCGCAGAAUGCACAAGAGCACAGUGGGCAUCCUGGAGGCUGGGGCUCGGCACCUGCAGCUUUUCGAAGUGGUGCUAUGGCAUCUCCUCAGAGCAACAGAUCAAGUGGCUUCUGGGCCCAGGAUAUUGGAUGGGAUUGCUGCCACGAGAUCAGCGCAAAGGAUGGCGAGGGCGUAGAUGAGGUAUUUCGAGUGAUUACAAGGAAACUGGUCGAACAACAACAGCGCAGAUUCGAGGCUGAACAGAGACAGCUCGCUAUGGCCGGCGUAACACCUGGCAUUGACCCGCACGGCAACACCAAUGGAUACUUUGACUACCCUGGAAAUGGGAACGGAAGCUUCCGCAUUGGAGCUGGAGACAAGCGCCGAAGCUGGCUGGGGUUUCCGACCACACCUGGAGUCGGCGUCCACCAACAAGAAUGGGAGCAGGACAUCGACAGAGCCCAAAAGUCAAAGGGCGGCAGAUGUUGUUGAUGAACCAUCCACCACAGUAAUGCUUCCACUCCCCCAGUCUAGCAUGUGCUCGUCCGGGCAAUGCUUCCUUCGAGGUCCAGAGGGAAAACCCUCUCACCAGUGGAAAGCGCGCCACACUGGCGACAUUUUCCACUGACGACAGCAACUGGCAUCUACUUCACUUCGAGCAUUACGAUGUUCUUCGUUUCGAGAUACCCGACUACGUUUUGAUAUACCGGCUUUGACAUGGAAGACUUCACAUCAGAGGAGCUUUGCAAUUUCUCUGUCAAUAUUUGCAUGCUUAGAGGAGCACCUCACGACUUUCUCACUGUACAGCAUUCUGCAGCACUUCUUAUGAGAGCGAGAUAACGUUCUCUUGUCGGCAUAGCGAGUUCAUUGUUUUUUGUCCACGAAGCACUUCCCUUAGUCAUCUCAUUUUCUCAAAAACUCAAUAUCUCGUGCAUGUAGACGCGGUGGAACUCGUCGGAUAACGAACUUGCAAUCAAU